AUGGACGGCUGCACAGCACCACUCUUCAAAGGAAGGCGCAUACAGGAUCGUGGGACUUGCCGGGGACAUCCGCGCUGUUCGAGUCCGGAACACCGUCAUGCGUCGCGCACUGCAAUUUGUUUCUCAACACGGACUUCGGGGUUUCUGGAUCGACCGCGAGUGCCUGGACCAAGAAGACAAGAUUUCUCACAGACGAAGCAUGCAAUCAAUGGACAGGCUCUAUGCGAUCAGUCCAAUAUCCGUUGGUUUGGUGGACACCGUAAUAAACGAGCAAUGGAAACUUGA